CACGACGUGCGCGCGCGCGCGUUCUUUCAUCACUGGAAGAAGAACGCGCCACAGCUCAACCAGCAGCCCUCGUUCAACUCGCACGACCAGGCCCGUCUUCCCUCAAUCUACUUCCCACGGUGGAUCUACCCGCUCCAGCACAGCGUACAACUUUGUUUUCUUCUUCUUUCAUGACCUGAUAUUAUUCCGCGGAGUCGUGUGAGUCUACCUCGGUGUUUGUAAGCGGAUUGCUUCGAGGUCAGCCUGCAGGCGACGGGAGAGUAGACGGAGAACGCUCCAAGGAGUCGAAAAACACGCGUUGCAUAAUCGGAGAAACAAGGAAAUAAAAACGUCAGAACAAGCUCAGAGCCUGCUAAAUCUCAGGCUGUGCACUUUUCUGUCACUGAUACCCAGGAUAUCCACACCUGAUACCCUGGGAAAUUGCAUCAAGCUCGUUACAAAUUCAUGGAAUUACUAUUUUCAACGACGCUAACGGAAAGAAAUACGAACUCCAAUAUCUUUGCACUAGUAUAGCAUAGCGCAGCUCAAGUUCGACCUUUUCAGGAAAGGUCACUGAGAAUGCAGCUCGCGAAUUGACGAAAGUAUCAACACGGCACUUUAUGAAUCACGACAAAUGUCAAGAGUUGCGACCUGUGAACCCUCAUGGUUAAGACUGUUGCCGCUUCUCUUAAAGAAGUGACGCCUCGAACUGGAAAAAGGAUCAUCAAUUUUGGAAUCUUCAGCAAAACUCGAUGCUCAGCGGCCAGGAAAACGCAGGUGGCUGCACAGCAACAGAGAUAACAGUGUCCGCGUGAUCUGCGACUCCGCUCAUCGGUGAAAUCGAUCUGCGUUUCCAGCUGGUAUUUGGCUACCUCAGAAUUACAAAGUUCUAUUUCACACGUUUGGCCGUUUUGAGUUACUAUGACCAUGAGGUCAGAAACCAUAUGUUAUAUCAGUUCUCUCCAAAUCCUUAGAUUAUUUGGAGUCAUUAUCAAAAUAUUCAGAGAAUUGCAUUCGAAAAAGCUUGGCACUUUGUGAAACUCAACAUUUUUUACGUAAAAUUUCUCAAAACUAGGUACUGAGCAGACAGAACCUUAUAAUCCAAGGGUAUAGAUUUGUCAUGGAUGUAACUUGGUGACGCAAGGGCGCACACCAGCAGUGAGCGACAGCACACAGCUCCAGCCAUCACACUGUCGUGUACAUGUACAUCCCUGAAGUGACGGUUGCCGAUACCAUGGCAACAGACGCCGCAGGCGAGGACGUGAUGCUUCUGGGUCCGGAAGUGACGUCUUCAUCUCCUUCCUCCAUUUAUAUCCGGUGGGCGUGGGAGGCACUUGGGCCUGUGGAGGUGCAAAGUUUUAUGGUCCAAUACCACCGACUGGCCAGUACGUACAUCCAAAAUAGCAGAAAGCUUCCAGCUUCGACCGACACCUACAGCAUUCAGAAUCUGGUGGCUGACACUUAUUACAAAGUCCAGUAAAUACGACUCCAUGUCCUCCCACUUCCCUGAGGGGGCCUACGAGAUGAGCGACACGACCACUCACGGCCACGAGGACGAUGUGUUCUCACACAGCAGUGACGGCGAUCCCGAGGCACGGCGCAACAUGAAGUCUGGCCACCAUCAUCACCACCACCACCAUCACUAUCAGCAAUCCCCGAGGAGUCUGGCGGACCGCCUCUGCAACGGCAGCAGACUACCCAACGGUCUCGGAAAGCACACACGGGUGCACGCCCCUUUGGGCCGUAUGGGCAGGACGUUUUCUCUCACCGAGAGACCCAACACGAGGGGGCAGCAUCCAGCCACCAAAGCGAGACGGGCACGCCUAGCCCACGCCCACACGCACUUCCACUCCGUCCAAUCAGAACCUGGAACGCUCCCACGUCGUGCGGCAGACCACGCCUCCACGCCGUCUAGAACCUCCUCCCUGCAGCAUACCAACCAAUCACAAUCGCCCGCGUCCAAUGGUGGGGCAAGUGGGACAAGCAGCAGUGGCGCUAUACCCACGUGCGGUGGUUGUAGCAGCAAGCCUGCAGGCUACAAGGACAGUCCAAGGCUUGCUACUUUCCGGAUUCAGUCUAACUCCGGCUCAGACCCAAGCCAGCUGAGCUCUAACACACACACUAAACAACAAAGACGGGCGCCAGAGCUCAAGUCUAUUCCACGUACACUUCACAUGAGUAUUGAAAACGACACAUACGUCUGAAUUUAUGUAGUCACAUAGACUACACUCAUAUUCGACUCUUGUGACUCAACUUACAAUGAUAUUAGAGCGUGUAGGCAUGGUUGCUGACUGAAACGGAAGACUUGUCACUCAUAAACAGACAGAUUACGUCGCAGGACGCGUUACUGUUUGAGAAACCAUCAAAUGUGUGACUGGGUAGAUGUGUUCAUGUCACAAAAAGCGGAGAUACUGGUCAAGCCAGACGAGAAGCGCUGUCUCAUUCUCAUAACCUAGGCGCUGGGUCUUUCACAUGAGGUCAUUAGGAAGGGUGUACAUUCGCCCGAUGACCUCAGUUUUGGUACAAUGUACGAAGCUGAAUUCGACAGAAGCCAGUUCUGGAAAUAUGUCAGACUGACUUUGUCGGGUACCAUAUCUGCACAGCCGACAAUUCAGCUUUCUGGAUUACAACUAAAUGCUAUUGAGAAGAGUCACCAUGGGGCGCUUUUUGGUCGCCAACGGUGUCUUUCACUGCAAAUAACUACAUUUUUACAAUUCAACUUUGUAUCCGGGAGAUUUCAGGGCCAUUCGUUUUGACGUCAUCCUUAUAUGGAACUCGUCGGGAAUUCAAAUUGUCAUUCCUUAUGACCAUUGUGAUAAAUGAACGACAACUUUUUAUCUAUGUCAUUAAUAUCAACCAGCAACAGUAACUGUGACGACGUUCAAAAAGACGACGACAAACCGAUGGCGCGAGUCAGAUCAAUAUGACUUUCUUUCUACUUCGUCGGUUAUCAAACUUCAUCUGCCCAAUAAUGUUGGCCUGAUACAAGAGUAGUGGGCCAGUUGAAUUUGCUCUACAGCCCUACUAUACACAGAUCAUACAGACCCAACCAAUCGAAGUGCAAUGACGCGGACCGGUAAUUAAGAAUCAGACUGGUGUUGAACAGGCAGCAUGUGGACAGCAGUAUCUGUCUGGUCUUCCAAAUACGUGAUCUAUUGGGUUUAUCAGAAAGGAUGGCACACAGGAACGAUCUGCCUCAUUGAGCAGAUUAUUGACCUCAUAGUUAGUUCACCCUUGGCCAUUCUGGAGCGAUCUCCCGUUCUAAAUUUGAACUGAUCUCCAACUCUCGGUAAGACUUUCUACCGCCCAUUUUGAGUUCCAAGUGAAAAUGUACAAAGAUUCCAUUUGUUUUUCAAACGUUAUGUGAGUGCUGUGGCUUCAACUUCAAUGGAUUAUGAUUGGUGGGUUGUUUUCUGUUUGCCCCAGAAAUGGGGCAUAAGUUAGGGGAUGGUGGUGUGACGUAAUAUACUGUAUUAUAUUUUAUUGAAUGAACGCAGUUAAAAAGUAAAAGCGGAAAGUAUGCUCACCUGUACAUUGAAAGGAGUUUACUUAAUGAUACUAAUGCGACACAAAAUCUUAACUAUUAUAACAUGUCUUUUGUAUUCCAAAUACAACAUGCAAAAACUGCAAUGUGAUAUUGAGAAAGUUCGAAGAAUAGAGACAAAAUGCAAAUAGAAAAGCUUGAAGUAUGCUUUCAACAAAUACUUUUUUGCAGUUCUGCAUGUCGUCAGGAACUAUUUCGUUCACGACUUUCUUUGAACAAAGAACAAAAUCCCGAUUGUAUGUGAUAACCCCUUGACACACCGCACCUAAUAAAUAUGUUUCUCAGGUACCUUGAGUUCAUUGUGACAUGAAUGUACAACUGUUCAGUCGUUUGACAUCCGUCUCUCGCUGUUGUAAAGGUUUCACACCCCUAUCGACAAAUCGCCAUGACCAUCAAGGCUGUCUCAACCUUACUUGACGAGGGGAUAAUGCACGAAGAGCAAGAUUUGUGACAAAAUAUCUUCCAGAAGUGAGAACCGAACGUGGGUCUCUUACGUAUAACGCUAACCCUUACACUAUAGAUGCCUGUAUAGUUUAAACCAAAAAUGGACAAACUACGGCCCGCGGGCAAGAUCUUUUCCGCAAGAAAUUAGUUACAGUCUGGUCCGCGAGCUGACCCAGUAAUCAAUUAUGAAAGUGGCCCCCGUCUUCAAAAUUAAAAUCAAUAGUUUGUGUCCCAGCUGGAAGCAAUAUAAUUCAAUAUUUUAUCUCAUAAGAUGCCCCUUGAGUCACUUUUGAGAGCUUGACUCGGAUAUUUCAACUUAUUUCACUCAAUUUUCUCCUGUUUUGGCUAGCGAAAUAUUCGGAAUCGCUCGGCCCACAACAUGGACACGCUUGUCCGUGCCCGGUCUGAAAUGUUCUAUAUUCAGGACUACUUUAAGAAACAUCAUAAUAUCUAGCGCUCAUGAAUGGUGUCUGUUGUAGCGGUUAGGAGCAUCGCCAUCGCAGGCAUAAGACAUGAGUUCGAUUCCUGAGUAAGGACAUUUUUAUUGAGUGCAUCCCUUCUCUUAGCCCGGGUUGGCUCGGUCAGGUAUGGCUGAGGCAGUCCGCCUCAUAAACGAUCUUUGGAAAAAAAAGUACGGAAAAACACAGCAAUACUCUAUGAAAGAACAGUUUACUUGCAGAUAUUGGCUAAUAAACAUUUCACUUCGAAAA